UUCCUCUCAUUGCCAUUUCUACAGUCUCGAAGUCAGCUAUCGUGGGUGUAUGUGCGGCCAUCAUGACCACCCUGGCCAUCGUCGUCCUCACAGCGUGUCGGUGUAUGCGUAGAAAGCCAGGUCGACCCUCCUUCCUGCUAACUCGAGACGUCGAGAAGGCACAACGUACUUUCUACACCCGUCCUACCGCAAAACCCAUCAGUAGUCCCGAGUUAUCGUCUCCCGAGACCGGCCCAUCCCGGCACCUCCCACCCACCGGGAAGGGUUCGCCUCAUCUCACUCCGACCAAGUGGGGAUCGUCGGGAUUCCCGUCCCCGACCCAGGGGGAGAAACGCCCUCCCAUUAGCACAUUCUUGGGGUCGACAGGUAAACUCGACCCACAGACGUUACACAAAGACUCGUACUCGGAUGGGAGCGACGAGAAGUGCGAGGCGGUUGAUAAUAAGACCCUGGAGAGUAUGGAAGACCGUCCAAAUGUCGGGGUGCUCAACUUCACGGUCGAAUAUAGAGUGGACAAGGCAGUGUUCAUGGUCACUAUACACCGAGCCAGCUAUCUUCCUGCCAAGGAUCCCACGACAGGAGCAUCGGACCCCUAUGUCAAGCUGUGCCUGCUCCCCGAGAAGAAGCACAAGGUAAAGACGAGGGUCCUGAGGAAAACACUCAACCCCAUCUACGAAGAAACAUUUACCUUCUAUGGAUUGGCAUACAACCAGUUACAGGGUGUAACGCUUCACUUUGUCGUGAUGAGUUUCGAUCGUUUCUCCAGAGAUGAGGUAAUUGGUGAGGUAGUGAUGCCCCUGUCUAACGUUGAUCUGAGUACCAGACCUGUCAAUCUAUGUCGAGAUAUCAAACCAAGAAAUACACGAAUCCCCAAGUCACAAGGCCGCGGUGAGUUGCUGACGUCAUUGUGCUAUCAACCGGCAGCUAACCGACUUACUGUGGUGGUCCUAAAGGCAAAGAAUCUACCCAAGAUGGAUGUCACUGGCCUCGCAGACCCAUACGUAAAGAUUUACGUGAUGUACCGCAACCAACGCCUAGCUAAGAAGAAGACCCGCCUCAAGAAACGGACCCUAAAUCCCGUCUUCAACGAAUCCUUCCUCUUCGACAUACCUAUGGAAGGAUUGGAGUACCUUAAGAUUGAAUUCCAGGUGCUGGAUCACGAUCGGGUGACGAAGAACGAAAUUAUCGGCCGAUUAGUGAUUGGACGAGAUGAGGAUGGAGAGGCCGAAUCACAGCACUGGAAAGAGAUCAUGCAGAAUCCAAGGAAACAAAUCGCAGAAUGGCAUAAACUCACCGAAUAAAAUUUCGUCCAUACAAUCACAAUUUCCGAUUAAAAAAAAAAACGUUUGAUCGAAAGUAAAGGAAUAAAUUGGUGAAAUAUAUCUACAUUAUUUUGUUACCAUCCCCUUUUUUUAUUACUGACAGUUUGGCGACAUCUGCCUUUGUCUCAGUAUUUACGUCAGACGUUGUUGAAUGGCGGGAAAUUCAAAUUCAAACGUGUCUAGUUUGAAAUGGCUAUCACCGUUUGUCAACGUCUGACUAUAAUGUAAACCAAUCAAUUCAUAGUUAAUAAAAAAAAAGUCCAGUAAAAGUUUUCGUGACUUCAAUGAAGUCUCAAUUCUGUUUUAAUAUUAGCACCGGGAUAGGCACUAUUUAUUAUGCAAGAUACUUAUCAAUAUACCCCGUUUGUUGCGUCUGAAAAAAGUGAUUGAUCAAUUAUUUGAUGACUUCAGGAUCAGAUGAAUUAAGUAAUCUUUUCAAUACAAUUCAAUUUAGUUCUUUAUUCCAUUUUCAUUUAAACAUUUAAAACAUAAGACGAAGUAAUAUAAAUCAAAUACAAUUUUACAGAUGA